UUGGUUAACGUUAUUCGCCAUAAUGAAGUUGUUGGUGUUAUUCGCAACUCUAGCCGUAGGCCUAUGUCUAGGUGAAAAAGUUAUGUUCAAUAACUAUAAAGUUUAUAGAGUAAUUGCUGACAACUUCGAACAAGUUGAGGUUCUGAAGAAUUUGGAAAAGGACUCUGAUGCGUACAAUUUCUGGACCCAUGUUGGAGCCCCAGGCAAAAAUGUAGACAUCAUGGUACCCCCACACAAACUUGAGGAUUUCGAAAGCACGAUGCAAUACCAUAGAAUAAACCACAGUGUAAUGAGCGAUGACGUCCAGAAAGAUAUCGACCUAGAAGUUUUUGGUACAAGUAGAGAAGCUUACAGUUGGACCAAGUAUCAAGAUCUUGAAACAACCUAUGCAUGGAUGGACAGCUUAGCCAAGGCACACCCAGGAAAAGUCACUGUUCUCACCAUUGGCAAAACUUUUGAGGGAAGAGACAUCAAGGGAGUCAAGAUUUCAUUCGGAACUGGCAAACCAGGCGUAUUUAUUGACGCUGGAAUCCACGCCCGCGAAUGGAUCACAACUGCCACUGCCACUUACAUCUUAAACGAAUUGUUGAACUCCAAAGACGCCGCCGUAAGGAAAGUAGCAGAAUCUCACGAUUGGUUCAUCUUCCCCAACGUCAACCCUGAUGGAUACAAGUACUCUCAGACUACAAACCGUAUUUGGAGAAAAACCCGUCAACCAUUCGGAAAAUGUGUGGGAACUGAUGCCAACCGCAACUUUGCUUACAAAUGGAUGACUGGUGGUGCCUCUUCAGAUCCUUGCAGUGAUACCUUUGCUGGACCUUUACCCUUCUCUGAGCCUGAAACACGUGCUAUUUCUAACUUCAUCAUUGCUAAUGCUAAGACUUUGAAUGCCUAUUUGUCAUUCCACUCCUACAGUCAAGUUAUCUUAUGGCCUUAUGGACACACUUCCCAACAUUUGGACAACCACGACGAUCUGGAAGUAAUGGCCAAGAAAUCGGUCGCAGCUCUAGCCAAGCGCUACGGAACUAAAUAUACUUACGGAAACAUCGUUGAAUCCAUGUAUGUAGCAACCGGUGGAAGCAUGGACUGGGUAAAGGGUAACUACAAAACCCCAAUCACUUUUACUUAUGAAUUGAGGGAUACCGGCCGCUAUGGGUUCUUAUUGCCCCCAGAGCAAAUUAUCCCUUGUGCCCAAGAGGUUUUGGACUCAUUGGUCGCCAUCUUCGAAGCUGCCGCUGAUUUGGGAUACUUUAACUUAUAAUUUAUGACACGUUAACCAAUCUCAACUUUAAGAAUUUUUUGUUAAUAAAAAUGUCUUUAAUGUUAUUACUUAUAUUAUUUUUUAUAUAAAUUAAAUUAUAAUUAUGUUACUCAUGUUA